AUGCUGUUGAACACCCCUGCUUUGUACUUGUUGCUUGUGGCAACGAUGGGACUCCCGGUAUUCCUCAAGCGCGAGCCGGGGACUCUGGAAGCUACCAUUACCACCACUAUUGACGGAAAGGCUGUCACCAUGCUGGAAAAGGUGUACACCAGCACGGACCAGCCUGCGCAGACCAGCGUGGUGAUGACGACGCUGAAAACCUCGUACGAGGUCCCAAUUUCAGCCGUCGAGACCGGUGAUACCAGCACCGUUAGCUCCACCUCUUCCGCCGCCCCUGCUUCCAGCACUGCUUCCAGUGCGGACUCUGACGACGACGGUUCUGCAACCACAGCCGAUCUUGUUCUGUCUGCCAACGUGGAGCAAACCGGCGGCUCGGGAGCGUCCAGCUCCACGACCCCGUCGAGUUCCAGCCCGACCAGCGUUGCCAGCUCAACGGUUUCCGUCUCGUCCAGCACCGGCACCCCGUCGGUUACGUCGAUGCCGUCCGCCUCGUUCACCUCCUUUACGCCGUACGCCACGGAGACGGCUGACGGUACUUGCUACGUGUACUACGAGAACGAAGACGCGUACGACAGUUUCUCUCCGACAACUACGCAGACGGUGACUGUCACCGUUGCUACCGUGACAUUAAGUACCACAGUGUAA